GGUGCUUCUCUUGUGGACUCUCGGCGCUAUUCCGUUGAUUCUUUGGGCCUACCUUGAGCUACCUCGAGGUAAUACCCAGUUGCUAAUCAUGUCUAUAUCUAAUGAAGCUCUGCAAAAGCUGGCGCUCGAGAUCGAGUCGCAGGCCAUCGCAGCGCAACAACAAAUCGGCAUGGUUCGAAGUCAAAUCGCAGGCAAACAGCGAGAACAACGCCUACUGCGGUUAACCAUUAGCGAAUUACAGAGCUUUCCAAGCGAUUCUGUUGUUUAUGAAGGCGUGGGGAAAAUGUUUGUUUCUCUUCCUCCCAAUACCUUGCACGAGAAAUUACAACGCCAGAUGCAGGAUCUUGAUGGUGAUGUUGAUCGACUGAACCAAAGAUUGCUGUAUCUCGAGACGACGCACAAGAACAGCCGAGAGCAUAUUGAACAGAUACUACGUACUCGAUAAAAACAAAGACGAGAAAGAAAAAGAAAAGAAAAGAAGAGGAGGGCAUCUCUACCUACCUAUAUACCUAUAUCAACCUUGCCCACGCCUCCUUAUCUCGAAACAUCGCAUCCAUUACCUGCGUGUGGCCAUGUCAGAAACGUACGGGGGGAAGUGCCCCGCCUUAGAAUGCAUCAGGGAGCAAUCAUGAUGCGAUGCAAGCUUGUAUAACUGAAUUUAUGAAGACAAAAAUAAUAAUUAAGUUAAUGAAGUACUACAAAUGCAAACAGUGUAAAAGUCAGUAUUCAGC